ACUGCUUCGGCUUAGUGCUUACCAGUUACCGCUUUUCUAACUUCUAAAUGGAUAAUACGUACAGAAUCCUAUUUAAAUUUUAAUAUUAUAGUUUAAUAAAAUAAGGUGAAUUCAUCUAUCAUUGUGAAUCUAUUAUGGAGGGUGAUAUUGAAGUAUUAGAAAAAGCUAUUCAAAAUCUUGAAGCUAUUGGUGAAAAAGAUGACGAUUUGUCACAUCAGGACCUGUAUAAAAAUUGGGGAAAAUAUGGAUCUCAAGAGGAACGACGCAAAGAACUCUUAGAAACCCAAAAAAACAAUAGACAGAAUAAGGUUGAUAAAUUAAGAGGACUUAUUAACGUCGUGGAACAAGAAAAAACAUUCAGAACAAAUAACAAAGUGUCUUACAGACCAAAUAUUUAUGUAGCUGGAUUUCAUAAAACACCUCAAACAUAUAGUAAUGUUUUAAUGCUAUCUGAAUGGCUGAUCGAAAAACCAUCAGACUUUGAAACAAAUUGGUACAUUGCCCCUUGCCCUAAAGCAAUGAGAUUGCUUGUCAUAGCUUUUCAUGGUAACACUAAAUGCUUUACAAAAUAUGGUCAUUUUAAAUUUGAAUGUUGGACUUCACUGCCUGGUGGUAAUCCUAAAUCAAGUGGAAAUUGUGUGUUGGAUUGCUUUUAUGAUAAAGAAUCAAAUACAAUGUAUGUGUUAGAUUUACUAGCUUGGAACAAUCAGCCUAUGACAGAUGGAGAGACAGAAUUUCGACAAUUUUGGCUGCAAACUCACUUAAAUGAUAUCUCAGCUAUUAAAAAAGUAUCUGAUUUUAACAAAGUUAUCUUUAAAUUAUUAUCAAUGAUACCAUGUACAAAGGAAAACUUAAAUAAUUUGUUCUCAAAGUUCCCGCCUUGUGAUGAUCUAAAUUUCCCAGCAUUAGAUGGAUUGUUAUUCUAUCAUAGGCAAGCACAUUAUUUUGCUGGACAGACACCAUUAGUUGGAUGGCUCUUCCCUUAUAUGGUCAAUGAAGUUCUUGGCCAAGAUAUCACAGUGAGCUCAGAGUAUUUAGCUGGAAUACCGGAAGAUUAUACAAAUCAAACUGAUUUUAUAUCAAGUUUUGAAGAGAAAUUGAAACAGAGAAAUAAAAGGAAUAGAAACAAUUGCUCUAUGGAGACUGAAAAUGUGGAAAGUGAAGAAUACACUGAAAAUGAUAAAAAAGUGAACAGCAUGGAAUCGGAAGAAGUUAUGAGUAUAGAGCCUUUGGAAAACAAGUGAAGCAACAUGGAGAAAUCGAAGUAAUUGUUUAUACGUUUUAACGUAUAUGUCCCCAAAAUGUUUGAUUUUACUUCCGGCGUCUAUUUCAUUUUAGCUGGCUUAAAAUGUUUUGUCUAUCACCCCACAAUAAUGGUUUUGCUGGGGAUCGAAGCCUGGAUGCAUUUAUUCAACAAAAUUGUAUUGAUUUGAAAUGUC